AUGUUAAUGGAAGAAGAACUUUCAAACAUUACUUUUAAGAGCCAAGCAUUCAUUGCAACGGAUUAUGGAAUGAACAAUGUAUUAUCAGAAAAAGGAAUUUUGUACAUAGAAUUACCAAACUGGUAUGAGAGAUGGCGCCCAGUAAAUUAUUUUUGUGUUGACUACUUUAAUGACAAUAUCACAACUACUCCUAAGUUUUGGUCUGUCACUACAGAUGAUGGAAUGCCAAAAGUAAAUCCUUACUUCACUGCAGCGCUGUUGGUAUCAACAUUUUUCUUAUUUCUCGUAUUACUAGUUUACGUUCUAUUGCCGGAGCUACGGAACCUCGUAGGCUUAGUAUUGAUGGCCUACGUACUAAGCCUUAUGGGCGCUUUCAUUUUCUUAGUUUCCCUGCAACUUGCAGAAUUUGACUAUUAUGGAUGUCUCAGCAUGACGGCUAUAACGUAUUUCUUCUUCUUGGCUACUUUUUGCUGGAUGAACGUUAUGUCAUAUGAUAUUUGGUGGACAUUCAGGGGCUACGCGAAAGCUCGUCCGAUUCAUAGACGAGGAGAAAAAUUCAAAUUCUUUAUGUACUGCAUCUAUGCAUGGGGAUUUCCAUUACUAAUGGCUGCAAUGCUCGUAAUCAUCAACAAUUUGGACUUGUCACAUAUGCCAUGGUUCGUUACACCCCAAAUACCGGCGGCAGGGUGUUUUCUUGAAGGUGGCCAAAAAUUAGUAUAUCUAUACAUUCCUAUGUUGAUACUGAUCUUGUGCAACUGGUUCUUCUUCCUUAUGACCGCAUUUAACAUUUGGCGUCUUAGUCGAGGUACGGCUGCAGUAAAUUCAGACGCUGCUGGCAACCCAGCAGCUCAUCGCAGUCAGAGAAACAGGCUUAUGAUAUACCUAAAACUCUCCCUAAUCAUGGGCAUCAACUGGGUGUUAGAGGUGGUGAGCUUCUUUUCACCUGAUCUGAAUGUGUGGAAAUUUACCGACAUGUACAACCUUCUUCUUGGUUUGGCAAUAUUUCUGAUCUUCGUAUGCAAAAAGAAAAUUUACAUGAAACUACGUAACAGAUACAUAGACGAACAUUUGAGCAAAUCUCACACGAGCUCCAGUACUCUGGAGUCAAAUCUUAGUCAAGAAACUCCGUUGCAAAUUUCCACUCAUCCCAUGGGACUAAAAUCAAAGCGAUCAUUAUCAUCGAUCAGAUACUCC